UUCGGUGACUGAAGACAUGACUGCCUUUAAACUGGUGUUUCUCUUUUUCACUGCCCUUCUAGGCUCAGUCAAAACAAGAUCUGUUCUUGAUAGAACAGGCAUGACGAAUGUCCUGAUGGGUGCGGAUGACAAUGCGAUGGGUGACAUGUGUCAGGACUGCACUCAGAUUUUUGAGCUCCUGAAGGACCUCUUUUCCAAUGAAGACUUCCAGGCCAAAUUAAUUGCCACUCUUGAGCAAGUGUGUGAUAAGUUGCCUCCCCAAAUCACUCAAAUCUGCCACACUGAGGUGGAAAAGAUGCUUCCUCUGGCCAUCACCUUCAUUUCCAGCAUGAUGCAACCCAGUGACAUCUGUGCUUUUCUUGGAAUGUGUGGAGGACGGGGCAGUACCAAGAUUAGAGAUCUGUUGCUUGAGCACAUGUCAAAAACUGUACCAGUGACAACUAUGAAGAUAGAGACGUCCAUUCAGUGCUCUGUUUGCACAUACGUUGUGAGCACACUUGAGUAUCUGUUUCCCAGAGAGAGGACUCAGAGCAUCAUAACUGCGCUGCUGGAGAGUUUGUGCAGUGAGUUUCCUUCUCUGGUUCAGCCACGGUGCAAUAAGAUGGUUGAAAAAUACGUCCAACUGUUGGUUGACAUGCUACUGAACAACACUUCUCCUAACUUCAUAUGCACUCUGCUUCGUUUUUGUGAAAUAUGGGAGCAUCCCGUCAAUGCUGUGGCACUUUCUGAUUGUGAUUCUUGCCUUACAUUGGCGGUUCUGACUCAUGUUCAUCUGGGCCCCAAUGCCACCGAGCACCAGGCUGCUUCAUUCCUGGACACCGUCUGCCAGCUGCACCCCAGUGCUAUGCCAAAGUGUGAGACUUACGUGCAGCGUCAUGGGAACCAGCUCCGUGUGCUUCUGAGCAAACAGCAGGGAGCGCUGGACAUUUGUAAGAGGGCAAAUUUGUGUGUUUCUGGUGAGAGGAAGCCUGUCAUUGCUGCUGCCCCCUGUAGCCUUGGACCAAUGUACAGCUGCAGAGACCUCCAGACUGCUGUCGACUGUGGGGCAGUUUCCUUCUGUCAGAAGAACGUGUGGGAAUAAUCUGUUUCUGCUGUCCAUACAUGGUUUCUUGCAUUUGUGUGAG